UCAUUCUUAUUUUAUCCACGUGCGACCCUGUAAGUGUUUCAUCCAUGUUGGAGUAAUCGAGGAGUAAUCUGACAGCCACAUCUCCGGUGGUGACGGUUACGCACAGACUGACAGCCAGCUCCGUGCGCCCCGGAGGAGAACCGGCCACCAUGCUCUUCCCCUCCUGCAACAUCACGGGCAGAAACUGCACGGAGGGGUUCAACUUCACCCAGCAGCUGGACACCGGCACCGCUGCGGCUGCUGGGAACCUCAGCGGGGACAGAAACGACAGCGACCCGUUUGGACGCAAUGAGGAGGUGGCCAAAAUCGAAAUCACCGUCCUGAGCCUCGCGUUCCUCGCUGCAGUGGUGGGGAACGUGAGCGUGCUGCUUGCCAUGUACAAAACCCGCAGGAAACCGUCGCGCAUGCACCUGUUCAUGAAGCACCUGAGCCUGGCGGACCUGGUGGUGGCUUUCUUCCAGGUGCUGCCACAGCUCUGUUGGGAGAUCACCUUCCGUUUCUACGGGCCAGACUUUCUGUGCCGGAUCGUGAAGCACCUGCAGGUGUUGGGCAUGUUCGCCUCCACCUACAUGAUGGUGAUGAUGACCCUGGACAGGUACAUCGCCAUCUGCCACCCGCUGCAGACUCUCCAGCAGCCCACGCAGCGCGCAUACAUCAUGAUCGGCUCCACCUGGGCGUGCAGCCUGGUCCUCAGCAUCCCGCAGUACUUCAUCUUCUCCCUGAGCGAGGUGCGUCCCGGCUCGGCUGUGUAUGACUGCUGGGGACACUUCAUGGAGCCGUGGGGACUGCGCGCUUACAUCACCUGGAUCACGGCCGGGAUCUUCCUGGUGCCGGUGGCCGUGCUCGUGUUCUGCUACGGCUUCAUCUGCCGCACAAUCUGGAUGAACCUUAAAUAUAAGACGCGGAGGAAGGGAACCAGCGCGGUGGCCGAGGCUACCAAGAGAGGGAUCCUGGGCAGGAACUCGGUCAGCAGCGUCAGCACCAUCAGCCGUGCCAAAUUACGCACGGUGAAGAUGACUUUCGUGAUUGUGCUGGCUUACGUGGUGUGCUGGGCGCCUUUCUUCAUCGUGCAGAUGUGGUCAGUGUGGGACAAGACCUUCUCCUGGGACGACUCCGAGAACGCCGCCGUGACGCUCUCCGCCCUGCUGGCCAGCCUCAACAGCUGCUGCAACCCCUGGAUCUACAUGAUCUUCAGCGGACACCUGCUCUCGGACUUUACCGGCAGCCUGCCGUGUUGCCGCCGGCUGAGGGACAAGUUCAGCCACCAGGAUUCGGACAGCAGCAUCCGACGGACCACGUUGCUCUCUCGCCUCCAGGGCCCGCGCCUUUCAGAGCCAUUCAGAGACCUCAACACCAUCCCUAAAAACAGCCUGCCGGUCGCAUCUGCAUCAUGACCACCGGAUAUACUAUCUGUGUUUGUGUCUAUUUAUCUUAAGUGAUAU